AUGUCUACGACCAAGCCGUUUGGAGACUCGCUGCUGUUCUACCUGAACGGCAAGCGCAUGGUGGUAGAGAAGCCGGACCUGGACUUCACGCUGCUGUCGUAUCUGCGCAGCAUCGGACUGACAGGCACAAAGCUGGGGUGCGGUGAGGGCGGGUGCGGGGCGUGCACGGUGAUGGUUUCGCGGUAUGACCUGGACCAGCAGAGGAUCGUACAUACGGCAGUGAAUGCGUGCCUGUGCCCACUGUAUACAGUGGACGGCAAGCACGUGAUCACGGUGGAGGGCUUGGGGACAACCAAGAAGCCGCACCCGUGCGGGUUCUGCACGCCUGGGUUUGUGAUGUCGCUGAAUGUUUUGACGGCAACCUGUGCCGCUGCACGGGCUACCGGACCGAUCCUGGACGCGGCCAAGACUUUCGCUGACCAGGCGUGGAAGCGCGGCGCAGCCGUGCAGAACAGCGACGGCACGGUCACGGCAGUGGAGGGAGAUAAGGCUGGCGGCUGCGGCAUCGAGGGCUGCUGCCGGCUGCAGAAAAAGCCGGUGACAGAUAGUCCUGAGGCCGGACAGGCAGACAAGUUUGAGCUGCCAGACCCCACCAACCCGCACAUGCAACAACCGCCGGUGACCCGCUCCGGAUGCUGUGGCGGAGCCGGUGCUGACGGCGGGUGCUGCAAGACAGGUAAGCGCGCAGACAGCGCGGUUGCUGGCGUUGAUGGAUCGAACGAGGCGGAGAACGAGAAGGCGGCGGUGAUUGCCAAAUUCCAGACGUACGACCCGACGCAAGAUCUGAUUUUCCCGCCGUUCCUGGUGCGCUACGCCAAGGGCGAGACCAAGGAGGACGAGCCGCAGCUGCGCGCGCUGGCAAUCGCCAGCAGCGACAGCACGGCGUGGUGCCAGCGGUUCUACCGGCCGCUGACGCUGGCGCAGCUGCUGGAGAUCCGGCAGGAGCACCCCGACAGCAAGCUGGUGGCAGGAAACAGUGAGGUGGGGGUGGAGAUCAAGCUGAAGCGGGCCAAGUUCCCGGUGCAGGUGUAUGUGAACGACAUUGCUGAGCUGCGGCAGGUCACGUGCAUGGACACCGGAGUGCAGUUCGGAGCCAACCUGACGCUGGCACGGUUCGAGGUGCUGCUGGAUGCGCUGGUGGCAGAGCACGGCUCGAUCAAGUCGCAGAACUUUGCGGCGCUGCGCGAGAACCUGCGGUACUUUGCCGGCAACCAGAUCCGCAACGUGGCGACGAUCGCUGGUAACAUUGCGACGGCAUCGCCAAUCUCGGACCUGAACCCGGUGUUCAUGGCGGCCGGUGCGGUGGUGACGCUGGUGUCGGCUGAGGGCCAGCGGCAGGUGCCGCUGUCGGAGUUCUUCCUGGGUUACCGCCGCACGGCGAUGCGCGCCAGCGAGGUUCUGCUGAAUGUGUUUGUGCCGUUUUCGCAGGAGGGCGAGAUCACGCGUGCGUUCAAGCAGGCCAAGCGCAAGGACGACGAUCAUUGCAAUUGUCACGUUGCUGAUGCAGCGUUUGCGUAUGGCGGUAUGGCGCCAACCACAGUGCUGGCCAAGGGAGCGAUGGCAGCGGCAGUGGGCGGCACGUGGGGCGAGCGCGCGGUGCUGGAUCGGAUCCUGCAGGCGUGCCAGGCCGAAAUGCGUCUGGACUACACCACGCUGACGACCAGCUUCCUGUUCAAGUUCUGGGCGAUCGCAUGCGCAGCUCUCCAGAUCAACACCAAGGAGGCGGCGUUUGCGCACGAGAUGGAGGACAGUGAGCGCGAGAUGUGCAAGGGCCAGCAGGAGUAUGCUACGGGCGUCACUCACAUGUCGGCGCUGAAGCAGGUCACGGGUGAGGCGCGCUACACCGACGACAUACCGGCGCGCGCCCACGCAAAGAUCCUGUCGAUUGAUGCGUCACGUGCGCUGGCCAUGCCAGGCGUGCACCGCGUGCUGACACACAAGGACGUGCCGGGCUCCAACGUGUGGAACAUCUUCCACGACGAGGAGAUUCUGCCAUCGGAGGAGGUGCACUACAUGGGCCAGCCAAAGCUGGCGCAGGAGGCCGCGCGCAGCGCUGUGGCUGUUGAGUACGAUGACCUGCCGGCAGUGCUGAGCAUCCGCGACGCUGUGGCCCAGGACUCGCUGUUCCCCGAGGUGCGCCAGUUGAUCAAUGGCGACGUUGAGCAAGCGUUCCGCGACGCCGACUUUGUGUUUGAGGGCGAGUCAUACUGCGGUGCCCAGGAGCACUUUUAUCUGGAGACCUUUGGCUGCAUCACGGUGCCCAAGGGCGAGGGCGACGAGUUUGACAUCUACUCGUCGACGCAGAACCCGACCGAGUCGCAGCUUGUGGCUGCCGAGGCGCUGGGUGUCCCGGCGAACCGCAUCGUGUGCCACACCAAGCGCCUGGGCGGCGGCUUUGGCGGCAAGGAGUCGCGGUCGGUGCUGCUGUCGACCUUCACGACGCUGGGCGCCUACCACACCAACAAGUCGGUGCGCUGCAUCCUGGACCGCGACGAGGACAUGCAGACCUCGGGCCAACGGCACCCGUUCCUGGGCAAGUGGCGGGUGGGAGUCAACCGCGACGGCAAGCUGGUGGGCCUGCGCGCCCAUAUCUACUCGAACGGCGGCUUCUCCCACGACCUGUCGAUGGGUGUGCUGGAGCGCGCAGUCUCGCAUCUGGACAACUGCUACUGGAUCCCGAACAACGAGAUUGUCGGCCGCGUGUGCAAGACCAACACGCAGUCCAACACUGCCUUCCGCAGCUUCGGCGGCUGCCAGGGCAUGAUCAUCCUCGAGUCCAUGCUGUGUGAGGUCGCUGACAAGCUGGCCAUGCCCGUCGAGCGCCUGCGCGAAAUCAACAUGUACAAGGAGGGCCAGCUGACGCCCUUCCGCCAGCCUGUGGUUGACUGGAACGUCCCGCUGAUGUGGGAGCAGCUCAAGGCCAAGGCCAGCUACGACGAGCGCCGCCGCGAAGGUCGACGCCUUCAACGCAAAUUCGGCAUCUCGUUCGGUGUCAAGUUCCUGAACCAGGGCUACGCGCUGGUGCAUAUGGGCCAGGGCCUGCACACAAAGAUGGCGCAGAUUGCUGCCGAGACCCUGGAGACUGCCACCAACACCGCCGCCAACACCUCGCCCACUGCCGCCUCGGCCUCGGCCGACCUCAAUGGCUUCGCUGUCUACAAUGCCUGCAAGGAGCUGGCUGACCGCCUGCGCCCAUGGCCUACUUGGAUCGCGUCAACCUGUCGGCGACCGGCCACUAUGCGACUCCCCGACAUUGGCUUCGACUGGGAGAAGAAUGAGGGCCAGUUCUUCUUCUACUUUACCCAGGGCGUAGCCGCGGCUGAGGUUGAACUCGACACCCUGACUGGCGCCCACACCACGCGCCGCGUCGACAUCCUGAUGGAUGUCGGCAAGUCGCUCAACAAGGCGCUGGAUAUCGGCCAGAUCGAGGGCGCCUUUGCCCAGGGCCAGGGGUGGUCCACCACCGAGGAGUUCCUGUACUUCCCCUCGAACGGCCGUCUGUUCACCCAGGGUCCCGGCAACUACAAGAUCCCGUCCGCCAUGGACAUCCCGCGCGACUUCCGUGUCUCACUGCUCGAGGGCGUAAAGUACAGCGCCCUGAAGACUAUCUUCUCCUCCAAGGGCAUUGGUGAGCCCCCGCUGUUCCUCGGCGCAUCGGUCUUCUACGCCCUACGCGACGCCGUCAGUGCUGCCCGCAAGCACAGCGAUGUCACAGAGACCCUGCAUUUGGAGUCGCCGGCCACUGCCGAGGACCUGCGUCUGGCGUGCGAGGACGAGCUUGUGCAGAUGGCCAGGAUCCCGGCUGCCCAGAAGGAGGGGCGUGUGCCCGGCCUGCACUCGGGAUGCAUUGCCGAAAUCUCUGCAUAA